CUGAGGAGCGACGGAGAGCGGACGCUUGUUUACGAGAGGACAAACAUGGAAAGGAGAGGAAAAACGAAGAACUCGAGGCGGAUCGAUCCGGAAAACUCUUCGUCUUGAAAACACAGAAACAUGGAGCAUUCAAAUGCUUCGUCUCGACGCCCUUCCUCUUCCGCCAGCCUCCCCAUGCUCGACACCAGACUCGCUUCUCUCCACCAUGGACAACGACGCUCGCGCCGAUCCUCAGAGAAGGAAACCGGCCCUCUUUGCCAAACUCUCGAUCUUCACAACUCCAGGCCUCCGCCGCGAGAGCAUGCAGCUGCAGAAACGCGCAAGCGACUCGCUAAAAUGGACAGACAAAAGGUCGUUGAAAAUGUAUUGAAGAGCAUUGACCUCUCGCAACUGGAAGAUAUUCAAGAGGCCUUUUACGCUGCCGACAACCGCGUUUCUGUCGACGAAGUCGUCGAGCUUCUCUUGACUCACGUGGACGCCUGGCCUCGAGGCGACGAGACCUCUGAGCGAGGAGAAAUCGCGCAUCGCUUGUCUCGCCCCGGCGCCGCUUCGUCUCCCAGUCAAGGUGCUUCGUUGGCGGACUUCGCCUUUUCGCCUAUCGACUGUCGCGUCUCUUCGACGCAUGCGUCGCGAUGCUCCGACAGAGAAGUACGAAACUCGACACCGAGCUCGCCACACACACUCGAGCUGAGGUGUACGUAA